CAGCUUCUGGAUAGCGCUGCUCCGGAUGGGAUGUGAGCUGCUGCCAUAAAGAUACUGGCACUUACUGUACCUUCAAACUGAUUAAUCUGAGCCUGGUGGCUGCAGCGGCUGGUGAAGGAGCUCGCAGUACUUGAUGUUUGGGGAUUAAAGAGCUGUGUGGUUCCCGGUUCUCAAAGAGAAAAGUGCUCUGCAGGUUGUUUGAUGUGGCCUCCAGACGGGCCCACAACUUCCUCCUGCUGGGCGUGCAUCCAUGGAGACAGCCAGUCGCACCAGACUGCGCUGGGAAGGGACGGCAGAGCGUGAGAGCGGCUGGUCGGAAAGGUUUGGGCUCAGCGGGAGGCUGGCUGGAGCUCUCCUCUGCUCCCCACGUUGGUCUGUUUUGCCUCUCUGGUCAGCGGGACUUGCUUGACCUACGGGGAUGAGCUCCUGUGGCUUAGCUCUGGCACCUCCAGCCAAGAAUGUGGUGGUGUAUCGCAACGGUGACCCCUUCUUCCCCGGGAGGAAGUUUGUAGUGAACCAGCGGCGGUUUCCGACCUUUGAGGCAUUUCUGAAUGAGGUGACCAAGAGCAUUCGCGCGCCCUUGGCUGUGAGGAACAUCUACACACCCAGGCACGGCCACCGCAUCGCUGAGCUGGGGGACCUGCAGGACGGAUGCCAGUACGUGGCUGCGGGCUUUGAAAAGUUCAAAAAGCUUGACUAUUUAAAUCACGGAAGGAAGGAGCUCCGUGGGACAAGGAACAGCGAGGGUCUGCAGUUCUGCACUGUAGCUCCCUGGAAGUCGAAUGUCUUGGCGCGAUGGCAGAAGCACGCCCACUUGCCCUGCACGAUACAUGUUUUCCGGAAUGGGGAUCUGCUGAGCCCUCCUUUCCCACUGCCACUCUCCAAGAGCACCUCACUGCAGUGGGAUGCGCUCCUGGCCACAUUGACAGAGAAAGCCGACCUGCACAGUGGAGCUGUUAAAAAGCUCUGCAGGCUGGACGGAACUCAGGUGUCCAGUGGGGAGGAGCUGGUGAAUGGCGAUUACUAUGUGGCAGUGGGAAAUGAGGAGUACAAAAAACUGCCUUACUUUGAGCUGCUGGUGCCCCAGGAUUCUGCACGCAGGACGCUGUGGAACCACCCAAAAAGCAGGCGCAAAAAAUACCACAGAAGGUUUGGUGAACUCUGUGCCACCUCCCAGGACAGAGCUGGCGACUCUGCUCUUGCUGAACCACCUCAACAGCUGGACAGUCGCAGGAUGCAGACCACAGGAGCUGCAGAGAAAGGCAAGAUCCCAGCUGCUUUUCCACAACUGCCAAGGCAAGCCAGGAAAUCUUGCCUCAGAGAGGAAGAGUCCAUUUUCCAUGCUAAACCUGUCCGUGCAGGACAAAACAGAAGGAGCAACAGGAAUAUGCAGCACUGGCCUGAUCAAGAAGAAAGCGUCUAUAAAACCAGAGAUCCUGGGAAGGAGAUGCGAAGUGCCCGGGAAGUAAAAGAGGAUGAACACACAAGGGUGGACGUACCCACUGAUCAGGCACGGACUACAGACAAAUCACAAAAGACUGCGGCAAGGAAAAGGGAUGCCAGUGACUCUGAGGAUGAAAAGCACCAAACGAUGUUGCCCUUGGCAGGAAAGAGCUCUGAAGAGUUCACAAAGGGAGUGUGAUGGGAGAAGAGGGACAGUUUGGUACACGGCUAUCUGCACAGCUGCAGAAAACAAAAGCAUGUGAAUCCUAGAUUUCUCUAACACCACAGACUGGCCAAGCUUUUUGAUGAAUUAACAAACUCUUCUAAAAUCAAGCAUCUUCAUCGUCUAGGCUUGAGAAGCAGAGUACCAGUGAGUAAUGAAUCAGAUGCACAAUGUUGUUAAAUAAUGAAGAUCUUCCCUCUUUCCUCAUCUCUAUUGUGUGAUGAUGUGGCAGAGGCGAUGGCUGCUUUUCUGAACUCUAAUUAAGCUGGUUUGUAUCUGAACUUGGGAGGGAAGAAUUGCCAAAUAGGAUACACGCCUUUAUAACAAAAUGUCUGCCAGGAAGUUUGUUCUAUGUCAGAUGCUUCUUAUAAAGAGAUUUCAUCGCAUCAUUGUCCCUCUGGUUUGGAAUGCUUGGAUAAUGUUUGCAGCAAUCAAACCUGUUCCCAAAACUAUGUACAUUUUGUUUCUGUUAACUUCUUUUAGGAGCAUCUGCCUGAUUUAGGAAAAGCCAUAGUAAUAAACAGCUCUUGUAUUAA